CGCGCAGGUCACGUGGGGGAGCUGGGUCUGUCCCGGCUCCGGGUGCCAUCGUGUGCACUUGUCAGUGGUCUUGCAGGCUGAGGGGGGCUGUGGGCCGCAGUGAACCUUCACAGGGAGGUUGCCGAGGAGAAGACUGCAAUAAACUCGCAUUGCAAAGAUGGGUCAGUGCGGGAUAACGUCAUCUAAAACCGUACUGGUGUUUUUAAAUCUGAUAUUCUGGGCGGCAGCAGGAAUCCUUUGUUAUGUUGGUGCCUAUGUCUUCAUUACAUAUGAUGACUACGAUCACUUCUUCGAAGAUGUAUACACGCUGAUACCUGCUGUUGUCAUCAUAGGGGUCGGGACACUCCUGUUUAUAAUUGGUUUAAUUGGCUGCUGUGCCACUAUCCGUGAAAGCCACUGCGGCCUGGCAACUUUUGUGCUGAUUCUACUGAUAGUUUUCAUCACAGAAGGAGUUGUCGUAGUACUCGGCUAUAUCUACAGAGCAAAGGUGGAGGAUGAGGUUGAUAACAGUAUUCAGAAAGUGUAUAACGAAUACAAUGGAACAUACCCGGAUGCUGCCAGCCGUGCAAUUGAUUAUGUACAGAGACAGCUGCGCUGUUGUGGUAUCCACAAUUACUCUGAUUGGGAAGAUACACAAUGGUUCAAACAAACCAAGAAUAAUAGCGUGCCAAUCAGCUGCUGCAAAUCGGGCAUCAGCAACUGCACAGGCAGCAUGAACCGUCCUUCAGACCUGUAUUCUGAGGGAUGCAAAGUUCUGGUGGUGAAGAAGCUGCAAGAAAUCAUGAUGUAUGUUAUUACAGCUGCUCUAGGAUUUGCAGCGAUUCAGUUGCUGGGCAUGCUGUGUGCCUUCGUUGUGCUGUGCAGGAACCGGAGACCUGCUUAUGAGCCCCUCAUCCCUGGAGGAACCUAUGCAUAAUCUGCUUCCUGGGUAUUCUGUUUCUUUUCCCUGUCCUCUUACCCCCCCCCUCCCCCCUUCCGUUACCAAUCCCCAACAACCCCUCCAUACUCAAUGGAUCAGCCAUUUUUACCACUGGAAGUUCAGAGACUAUGUCUAUGGCACC